UUUGCUUUUGCCAUGUAGCACAUUCAGUGUCUCCGUGCUUAACCUCGACCUUGCGUAAAGCACCAUCUCAUUCUGAUAUGAAAUGAUUUUCUGUUCACCGCAUCGGACGUCAGCAACCCUACGUUAACGUUAGCCAACUUGGCUAACGUUAGUUAAUUGCCGUUAGUUCGUAUUUCUUUGGUAGCUAAGAAGACGGGCAGGGAAGGUGUGCCUUCCUUUCAUAUCCAGCUGUAGUGAAUGGAUUAUCAUGUCAAGGUCUCUGAGGGCUGUGUUCUCUGGAUCUGCGACGCGCUGCUGGACAGGCAUGAGCAAGUAGGCAUGUGGCGGUCCAAGGGAAAUGGCUUCUGAACUGCCUACAUCUCAGCGCCUGCUGCACGGCCUCCUCCUCCUCCUCUGAACAGCUACUGCACAGCCGUUUAUGGGAUCUACUGACUUCCCCUCACUAAGGAUUUAAUACUCCCCUCCCUUUUUUCCUUUACCCCCUUUUUUUUUAUUUUCCUUUCCCCAUCCCUUUCCUCCUUGCCCAGUCCUUUUGCCCUCUGUACUAUCCCACACGGGAGAGGAAAAGGGAGACGGGGACGACAUUUCCAUCCACGCACGCUUGAAGCGGGGCGGCCAGCCGAGGAGGGCCUGAUGGCAAACAACUCGUACAGCGGGGUGAAGAACCCCGGGGCUCAGGCCAACCAUGAUGCCGCGGACUUUGGGGUCACGCUCAAGGAGCUGCGCUCGCUCAUGGAACUGCGGGGGGCUGAGGGACUUACCAAAAUCCAGGAAAGCUACGGUGGCGUUCACGAACUCUGCUCCAGAUUGAAAUCGGCGCCCAUUGAGGGUUUAAGUGGGCAGCCUUCAGACAUCGAGAAGAGACAAGAAGUGUUUGGGAAGAACAAUAUACCUCCAAAGAAGCCAAAAACAUUUCUUCAAUUAGUUUGGGAAGCAUUACAAGAUGUGACGUUGAUUAUCUUAGAAGUGGCAGCCAUAGUUUCAUUAGGCCUUUCAUUUUAUAAACCUCCCGAGGCCGAGGAUGUAGACUGCGGGAAAGCAGCUGGUGGUGCGGAGGAUGAAGGCGAGGCGGAGGCUGGCUGGAUCGAGGGCGCUGCCAUCCUGCUGUCGGUCGUCUGUGUGGUGCUUGUCACAGCUUUCAAUGACUGGAGCAAGGAGAAACAGUUCCGUGGCCUCCAGAGCCGCAUCGAACAAGAACAGAAGUUCACCGUCGUACGGGGCGGACAGGUCAUCCAGAUCCCAGUGGCCGAUAUAGUGGUCGGGGAUAUAGCACAAAUCAAAUAUGGUGACCUUCUCCCUGCUGACGGCGUCCUCAUCCAAGGGAAUGAUCUGAAGAUCGACGAGAGUUCGCUGACGGGAGAGUCUGACCACGUGAAGAAGACGCUACAGAAAGACCCCUUGCUGCUCUCAGGAACCCAUGUCAUGGAGGGCUCUGGAAAAAUGCUGGUCACUGCCGUGGGAGUCAACUCCCAAACUGGAAUAAUCUUCACUUUACUGGGGGCUUCUGAAGACGACGAGGACGAAGACAACAAUAAGAAAGAGGACAAGAAAAACAAAAAGCAGGAUGGCUCGGUGGAAAACCGAAAGAAAGCCAAAGCCCAGGAUGGAGCGGCCAUGGAAAUGCAGCCCCUCAACAGCGAUGAAGGAGCCGAUGCUGAGGAGAAGAAGAAGUCCAGUAUGCCAAAGAAGGAGAAAUCUGUUCUCCAGGGGAAGUUGACCAAACUAGCUGUCCAGAUCGGCAAAGCUGGCCUGUUUAUGUCAGCCAUCACAGUCCUCAUCCUGGUUGCUCUCUUUGCUGUGGACACCUUCUGGAUCCAGGGACUGUCAUGGGCCAAGGAGUGCACUCCAAUCUACAUUCAGUUCUUCGUCAAGUUCUUCAUCAUUGGCGUCACAGUGCUGGUGGUGGCCGUGCCUGAAGGCCUUCCCCUGGCCGUCACCAUCUCGCUGGCUUACUCCGUUAAAAAAAUGAUGAAGGACAACAACCUGGUCCGGCACCUUGAUGCUUGCGAGACCAUGGGCAACGCCACUGCCAUCUGCUCCGACAAGACGGGCACGCUGACCAUGAACAGGAUGACUGUGGUGCAGGCGUACUUGGCUGAGAAGCACCACAGGAAAGUGCCCGAGCCUGAGGCCAUCCACGCCCAUGUCAUGGACAUGCUCGUUCUAGGCAUCAGUGUCAACUCCGCCUACACUACCAAGAUCAUGUCUCCGGAAAAAGAGGGUGGGCUGCCUCGUCAGGUGGGCAACAAAACGGAAUGUGCCUUGCUAGGCUUCGUGAUGGACUUGAAAAAGGACUACCAAGCAAUACGCAACGAGAUCCCAGAGGAGAAACUCUACAAAGUCUACACCUUCAACUCUGUCAGAAAAUCCAUGAGCACUGUGCUGAAAAACUCUGACGGCAGCUACCGGAUGUUCAGCAAAGGCGCCUCAGAGAUUCUCCUCAAGAAGUGUUAUAAGAUCAUGACUGCCACGGGUGAAGAGCGGGUGUUCCGGCCAAGGGACAAGGACGACAUGGUGAAUAAGGUGAUCGAGCCCAUGGCCUCUGAGGGCCUGAGGACCAUCUGCAUGGCCUACCGUGACUUCCCCGCUGCCGACGGCGAGCCCGAUUGGGACAACGAAACUGACAUCCUCACCAGCCUCACCUGCAUCUGUGUGGUGGGCAUCGAGGACCCGGUCAGGCCAGAGGUCCCUGAUGCCAUAACGAGGUGCCAGCGUGCCGGAAUCACUGUGCGCAUGGUCACAGGGGACAACAUCAACACGGCCCGCGCCAUAGCAACCAAGUGUGGCAUCCUGCUGCCAGGCGACGACUUCCUCUGCAUGGAGGGCAAAGAGUUCAACCGCCGCAUACGCAACGAGAAGGGAGAGAUUGAACAGGAGCGCAUUGAUAAGAUCUGGCCCAAGCUGCGAGUACUGGCUAGGUCCUCCCCCACAGACAAGCACACGCUAGUGAAAGGCAUCAUCGACAGCACUGUCACGGAGCAAAGGCAAGUGGUGGCGGUGACAGGAGAUGGCACCAACGACGGCCCCGCCUUGAAGAAAGCCGACGUUGGAUUUGCCAUGGGCAUCGCUGGGACGGACGUGGCCAAAGAGGCUUCGGACAUCAUCCUGACAGAUGACAACUUCAGCAGCAUCGUGAAGGCAGUGAUGUGGGGGCGUAAUGUCUAUGACAGCAUCUCCAAGUUCCUGCAGUUCCAGCUCACCGUCAACGUGGUGGCUGUGAUCGUGGCCUUCACUGGAGCCUGCAUCACACAGGACUCUCCCCUGAAAGCGGUACAAAUGCUGUGGGUGAAUCUGAUCAUGGACACCUUAGCCUCCCUGGCGCUAGCCACCGAGCCACCCACAGAGGCCCUCUUGCUCAGGAGGCCGUACGGACGCAACAAGCCUCUUAUCUCGAAGACCAUGAUGAAGAAUAUAUUGGGCCAUGCCGUCUACCAGCUAACCAUCAUCUUCUGGCUACUCUUUGCUGGUGAGAGGGUCUUUGACAUCGAUAGCGGCAGGAACGCCCCUCUCCACUCCCCGCCCUCUGAGCACUACACCAUUGUCUUUAACACGUUCGUCAUGAUGCAGCUCUUCAACGAGAUAAACGCCCGCAAGAUCCAUGGCGAGAGGAACGUCUUUGACGGAAUCUUCAACAACCUUAUCUUCUGCUCCAUCGUCUUUGGGACUUUCAUCAUCCAAAUUGUCAUUGUGCAGUUUGGAGGGAAACCCUUUAGCUGUGUGAGUCUCACUCUUGACCAAUGGCUCUGGUGCGUCUUCCUGGGCUUUGGCUGUCUCCUCUGGGGUCAGAUCAUCUCUUCAAUUCCCAUGAGCUGGCUGAAGUUCCUUAAGUCGGCGGGCCACGGCACGCAGAAGUGUGAGAUUCCCGACGAGGAGCUGGACGGAAUGGAGGAAAUGGAGGAGAUCGACCACGCUGAGCGUGAGCUGCGCCGCGGCCAGAUCCUCUGGUUCCGCGGCCUCAACCGCAUCCAGACCCAGAUGGAUGUAGUCAAUGCGUUCCAGAGUGGCUCUUCCUUUCAGGGGGCCCUUAGGCGCCAGCCCUCCAGCGCCAGCCAACAGCACGAUAUCCGCGUGGUGAAUGCAUUCCGCAGUUCCCUGUGUCCUUAUGACGGGCUAGAGAAGCCAGAGUCGCGCACCUCCAUCCACAACUUCAUGAACCACCCAGAGUUCCACAUUGAGGACUCCGAGCCGAGCAUCCCCCUCAUCGAUGAUACGGACGCCGAGGACGACGCCCCCACCAAGCGCAACAACAACAACAGCGGCAACACCGCCUCUCCUAGCCCUUCGCCUACUCCUACUCCCACGCCCCUGGCCACCACCCCGCCGCCACCCUCGCCCAACCAGAACAAUAACGCUGUGGAGAGCAGCCUGCACUUUUUCCUGGAUGCCGGCAGCGGCAAGCCUCAGGCCUCGCCGUCGGCCCCCGCCAGCCCUCUGCACAGCCUGGAGACCUCCCUCUGAUCUCGCACCUAGCCGACCCACGCCGCCCCUCCACCAACAUGCCCUGGGAGGCAGGACUAACUGAGGCGGGUGGGAAGGAGGGAUGGAGGAAAGGGAGUGGGGCAGAGAGAGGUCAGAGCGGAGGGAAACGCAAGCAGAGCAUCCCACCUGGAAAAGCUCAGCCCAUGCUGGACUGAAACCUAAGAACGCAUUCAGCAGAAUGUAGAGUCUCUUGUUUGGAUCUCACUUUAUCGUUAAUUUGUUUCUUAUUUUAUUUUUUAUUUUAUUUUGGCAUUAAUUUUGGUCUGCUUAACACCUCCAAGAACUAAGGGUCUAAACUCUCCAGCUCCCUCUCUUGUUCUAUCUGCCUCCACUCCCCUCUCCUUAAUAAAUCUGUUUUAACUGCUAUUGUUUUGUUUUUUUGUUUAGUCUUUUCUUUUGGUGUUAUGGGAAGGAUGAUUUUAAACUCAGAGUGAAAGUGACCUGAUUUUUGUUUUGUUCGCCCCCCCCGCCCUCUUAUUAAUACUAUUUCAAACGGGGUGGGGGGUGGCAGUCGUCUUGGUGACAUAAGGACGGACUGUAACAAAUGACAAAAAAAAUCCUUUAUUGUUUUCUUUAGCUGGAUGGUGUACAUUUUUCUCUGGUCCUUUUGCUCAUUCAACAAACACUUUAAUCUUCUGCUCUGUUGGCUGUUCAUAUUUUGAAAUAUUUAUGUUUUUUGUUUUGUUUUUUAAGCAGGUCUGUUUACAAAGUUUGUAGAUACUUUUCGUUUUUCCUUCCGUUGGUUGGUUGAUAGAGCUUUUCCUGUUUGUGAUGCAGGAAAAGUAAGAGUUUAAAAUGCAUUUAAAAAAAAGAGGAAAUAUUUCAGAUACUGCUGUAUUUUCAGGAAAAAAGGGUGUUUCUAUGGAAACUAAACUAUUUUUGCCUGCAAGUUUUAUUCGUUAUAUAUUUGUAGAUAAAUAGAAACCUUUUAGCCAAAUAGACAACACUAAGGCUUGUACAGCAUUGAGCAGAGGUGAGCAGGUCCAGGGAAGGUUGUGGUGAUGUGGUAGCGUGAGGUUAGCAUAAGGGAUUUUUUGGACCAGGGCCUCUGUCAUUUUACAUUUCUAUAGUUAUCCAUCGCUUUCAAAAGAAAACAUUUUAACAUUAGCUUUGUGUUCCAUGUUGGUGGGACCCACCGCCCAGUUUCUGGUUGUUUUUUUUUUGUUCUCCUUUUCCUCCAGUGGUGUGGAGAGGAUCCAAAGGGAAUGUCACGGACACAGCCGCAACAGGAGUCUCCUCAUGUUUUUAAAAGAGCUUUUUACAACACAGGACUCUUACAUAAGAUGGCUGUCAUCGGCGGGGAAAGUAUUCCUUUAUAGGACUCUUGUUUUCCCCCUCUUGAAACGAGACUAAGAAUAGUCCACAUUUCAUUUGGUGAUUCAUCAAUCCCUGCCAAUGUACCAUAUUAAGGUUUGUUUACUCAGGCUUAGGAAAAGAUUGAAUUUGGAAACAAUAUAAAAAAAGGAUACUAUGAUAUAAAGAGAAUUUUAAGUUUUAACUUCAGGAGUUUAUGUCUUUAGCUAGUUCAACUGUCGUCAUGGUCAAUGAAAAAAGCGUGGGUUAUUUUUUCGAAUAUUGUUUCAUUGUUUUAUUAUUUUUAUAUUUAAGGUUUCUUUUCGAUGAGAACUUUAAAGCUCCCUGAAACGUUCUGGUUUGUUGACAUAGAAAAAAAAAAAAGUAAAAACCAAAAAAAAUGUAUAAUUUCUUUCCCCCUCAGACUCCGACCAGUCAUCCAAAUGUUGCUGCAGUUGAUUUGUUUGUAGAAUUUUGUUUUUCACACCUGAUAUACUGGAAAAUGGCAGAAUAAUCUACAUGAGUUUUUUUUUUUUUUUCAAGCAA